AUGUUUGAUAAGGAUGGCAACGGUACAAUGAACAUCAAAGAGUUGGGAGUGGCUAUGCGAACAUUGGGCAUGAAUCCCACGGAAGAAGAAUUGCAGAAUAUGGUAAACGAGUAUGACGUUGACGGCAACGGAAAGAUUGACUUCGGCGAAUUUUGCAAGAUGAUGAAGGAGAUGAACAAGGAAACCGAUCAAGAGCUAAUUCGACUAGCUUUCAAGUAA